CUCCGUUAUCCUCGCUCCAUUUGCUUCUGGUUGCGUCAAUAUCCCUACGUUUUUAGAGCACCGCCCCGGACCAAAAAGCUAGUGUGCGGCUUUCACUGACUGUGACACAGGAAUGUCCUUCCUUGGCCCCUUGGAUGCUCACGGGUAAUAAAUCUACAAUUAGACAUUGGACCAGUGUGGAGCACAAGCUCAGGAGUGGAUGACGACAGACGGUUCUUCAUCAAGCCCUGAGCUGGCUGAUCUUGGAGCAGAGACGAGACCUCGUCUAGGGUGAAUGUGAAAGAGGUUCGGAGAUCUGUGGCCUGAAGGCAUUUCAGUUUCUGAGAUGUCAAUGAAACGAGCAGACGGGAUGUCCAUCGCCCAGGCUUUGGCCAUGACUGUAGCAGAGAUACCUGUGUUUCUCUAUUCCACAUUUGGGCAGUCCAUAUUUUCCCAGCUGAAGCUUACCCCGAGCUUGAAGAAGGUGCUGUUUGCCACAGCACUGGGCAGUGUAGCUCUGGCUCUCACUGCUCAUCAGCUGAAAAGGAGGGGGAGGAAAAGGAAGCAGGUAACUCAAGGGAAGGAGGGCCAGAAGACAGUGGGAAUACCUGAGGCGCUGAUGAAGACAGGAAGACCCUCGUCAUUAAAGAGAGGCCCAUUUCCUGGCAGACAGAUGAUGAGUCCCAGCACUCGGAGCAAUGACACCAUGAGUGGCAUUUCUUCCCUGGCCCCCAGUAAACACUCAAGUUCCUCACACAGCCUGGCAUCGAUGCGGGUCCCAAGCUCUCCAAAUCAAUCUGCCAAUGCAUCCACCCCCUGGGAAACAGAGCCUGUGGUGGAAGAGUCAGGGGCAAUAGAGGAUGCAAAUGCAGAGAAUCUCUAUGUAAUGGGAAUGGAGCUGUUUGAAGAAGCUCUGCGAAAGUGGGAACAGGCCCUGAAUAUUCGCCAUCACACCCACUCAACCUCCAGCAACAACAGUCUCGCUCUGCAGGGUGCAGUGUGUGCAGAGCUUCCUUUGGCUGAAACCCGUAAUAAAGUGUUUGCAGAGAAGUUGGAAACAUUACUGCACAGGGCGUACCACCUACAAGAGGACUUUGGCAGCACUAUCCCAUCAGACAGCGUACUCGCAGAUUUCGUUAGAGUUUGUGGUGUUCCUUUGGCAGAGAGUGAAGGAACUCUUAUCUUGCCUCAAGUGGAGAGUUACCACAGACUGCACGAUGAUGAUGCGACUACUGUUACCUCUGAUGAGUCCUUCUUCUCGGCCGCAGAGCUGUUUGAUGCCAUGUCUCUAGAAGACGCGUACCAGCCACUAAAGCCAGCAGCUCUCUAUGAAGAAGCCUUGUCUCAGGUCCGGGAGGGCAAAGUGUCCUAUAGGACUCUAAGGACUGAAUUACUUGAAUGUUUUGGUGACCAAGACUUCCUUGCCAAGCUCCAGUGUGUGAGACAAGCAUUCCAGCUCCUGUUGUUAGAUGAAACUCACCGCACGUUUUUCAUGGAGACCGGGAAGCAAAUGAUUGUAGGGUUAAUGGUGAAGGCAAACAAGAGCCCUAAAGCCUUCCUGGAGAGCUAUGAGGACAUGCUGCUUUACACUCAGAGGGAGGAAACGUGGGCCGUCACAAAGAUGGAGCUGGAGGGCCGAGGGGUGGUGUGCAUGAACUUUUUCGACAUUGUGUUGGACUUCAUCCUGAUGGACGCAUUUGAAGACCUGGAGAGCCCUCCCUCCUCCGUGGUGGCUGUGUUGAGGAACCGCUGGCUCUCUGACAGCUUCAAAGAGACGGCUUUGGCAACUGCUUGCUGGUCCGUCCUUAAAGCGAAAAGGCGUCUUCUUAUGGUUCCUGAUGGUUUUAUCUCCCACUUCUAUGCCAUAUCAGAACAUGUGAGCCCAGUUUUAGCUUUUGGGUUUUUGGGACCCAGGCAGCACCUCAGUGAAGUGUGCACUAUUUUCAAGCAACAAAUCGUGCAGUACCUGAAAGAUAUGUUUGAUCACGACAAGGUCCGCUUCACCUCUAGUCAGUGCUUGGCCGAGGACAUCCUCAACCUUUCCCACCGCCGGAGUGAGAUUCUACUCGGGUAUCUGGGAAUCAAUAGCCUUAUGGAGCUCAAUGGUGCCCUGCCCAGAGACACAGAGCUCAAUUCAGGGCUCAACUAAGAAGCUGAGGGUCACUAAGACACCGGGCUGACUGGAAGGGAACGGCAAGGACUCGCAGCUCAUUCUGUAACCACAUUCAGACCGGAUUGAAUCAUGGUUCUGUGAUACACUGACAACCAGCAUCAUUCACUCAUUUGUGUUCAUCAAACACAACUUAAUGUGAGAGGAUAUUUUCAGCAUCUCUGGUACUAAUGAGGGAGACUGGUUGGAUAAAAUAAUUCCAUCUCUUCCGGAUCAUCAGCUGCUUGUGUGGCGUGUCAAGAAUGCCUACUGUAGUCAUGUGGUUUCAGACGCGUGAGGACUUGUCUCUGCCUUGUUUAGUGACAUGGAUACUUGCUGAAAACACACCUGAAUGAAGCGCUCCCAACACACGAGGACUGGGCCUUCUACACUAUUACUCCAGUCUCUUCAGAGAGCCAGUGGUUUCAUUGGAAACUUCCAUACAUCUGAUUUGUGGGAUAUCAUAGUCUUUAUAUUUCUUUGAAAAGAAAUUGUGAGAGAGAGUCCGUGGACAAAUGUGCGUUUGUAUGUUUUAUAUUAAAGGGGGAAGGAUGUUUGUUAAAACGGUGAUAAUUCCUGACAAGCGUGAUGAAGGAUGUCAUGAAGUUGUCUCAUCAUCCUCUUUAAUCUGAAAAAGUAUUUAUUCCAAUUUGGUUUAAUCAACCAGGCGAAUAUGUCGCAUAUCCAUGAGAGUGGGUGAAGGGUACUAACCUGUUAUUGUAUAGACGUUGAAUUAUUCCGAAUCGUUAUUCUGACCCCAGACCACAAUUGAAAGGUGAUGCAACUAAGAUGCGUAUGGUUACAUUUUGAGUGUUACUUCCUCUGGGUCACAGUGAUCCCCCAGAUUUAAUCAGUUUCCAGCUCAAAAAAACUUCCCACUACAAAAAAAACUUAAUACCAGGUGUGGUAACAUCACACAGUCACAGAAAGCAGAUGCUCUCAGGGAGUAAUGAUUAACAUUAUAACUUAAAAUCCAUAUUUGGGAAUGUAUUAAGUACUGACUAACAAUCUUUAAUGUUUAUUUCCUCAAAUGCUCAUACUUAUUGAAUUUAUUAAUUGGUUGACUCACUUGAAUUGCUUCCAAAUAUGUGGGCCUUAAUUGUACAACUUGCCAAUUCCCUGGAUAAAUAAAUUAACGACAUAGUGAUUUUUAUUUCAGGAAAUGUACCCAAACACAAAGUUAUAUGAAGACAUAAAUGUUUGUAAAAUUAGAAAUGUUUCACUUUUUGAACACAGUUCUUCUAAUUUUACUGGCUACUGGCUGUAAACGAGUGUAGGGUAAGCGGAAAGCUUUUUUUCACUCAAUUUUGACCUGUCAUAGUAGGAAAAGCACAUGUAUACUUUAUCAUAUAUUUAACAUAUGAGGAAUACUUACUUGGGUCCCCAUUAAAGUACUGUAAGACACAACAUCAUAGCAAAAUUUUAACUUAUUUCUUCACAAAACAUUAUUGUCGAGAAGAAAAAUAGGCAGCUCAUGACAAAAUUUUGUCUGCUGCAUCUGAUUCUCUCCCGUCAAAAUAACUGACAGAGUUCUCCUAGCUGCCUGAUUGUGUGUGAUACAUUUAGUGUAUUUUAUCUGUUUAAACUUCAUAGGUGGAAUUGGGUGUUUUUGAGUGGGGUCCCCUUGGAAAACCAUUGAACUUGCAUUUUUUUAAAAAGCAAUAAUUAUAAAAAUAGAAACAAUGACAUGAAAUCUUUAGGAACAAAAUGACUGACAAAGUCGUGAAAAAAUUGGAAUGACGGAAUAAAGCUAUGAAAUAUGACAAAAAAUAUUCCACUGUCAGUCAGAAAGAAAAGGGUUACAACAGUAACACAAUGGCUUUCUUGUGUUCAUGUGAGCAGUGUUACAGAGAGAAAGCCAGCAUGCAGAAAACCAGGAGGCUGAAGCUAAAGCAGCUAAAUGGAAUUCGGCCAUCAUUCAUUUUAUUAUUUAAACCUGUUCUUUUUCUACUCUGGCCUGUCAAAAUGUCUUCCAUAAUACUCGUGUGCAAACACUCAUAUAACACUGUCAGAGACUAUGUAAAAGAAAGAAGCAUGUAUGAAUAUUUGCCCGUCACGUUUUAAAAUUGACAUGACCUCUAAAUCAACUAGUGCCAUCGUGUAGUCUUAGUAAGGGUGUUUAAGGAUGUUUUGUUUGAAGAAGCGGGCAUUUUACAUUACGACUUCAUAAGUGCACUGAUGAUAACCCCUGACUUCUCUUUGUGGACUUGUCGGUGCACAGAGACACUGAAGGGGCACUAAGAUGCCAAGUUGAACUUCUUCUGCUGAUCCCUAGUUCACUCCUGUAACAGCAGAUAUGAGUUACGCAGACUGGAGUUUAUGUUUGUUUAAAAUGAUCUUAAUGAAAUAUGAUGAAGAGAUUAUUUAUUAUGUAUGGCCGUAGAAGCACAGUAUGUAUGCUCAUGGUUGCCUGCGUGAAUGACAAAAGGAAAUCUGUGAAAUCAUUUUGGGGUUUUUCAUAAAUCUUUCAGUAGAUUGAUCAGACAAAUUAGCAGCUCUUUGUUACUCAUAAUCAUAUAAGUGUGUGUUUUGUGCUCGUGAUAAUCCAAAUCCUGCUCUUGUUGCAACACUUCUCUGAAAUUCAGAGCUCAGAAAUGUUACAUGUCACAAUGCAAUAUCGUUGUGUUCUCCUCGAAAGAGUCGGCAGCAUUGUAGGGUUAUUUCUGUUUCUGUUUGGCAUUUACUUCCAACUGUAAAUAGAGCUUUUACAGAAAAUCAUUUUUGGUUUUUGCAAACGUGCAGCUUUGUGUUUUUAAGCAUUUUGCACUUUAUCAGAGAAGCAGAAAGAUACAGGAAUGUCCAAAAACCCUUUUUUUUGAAUAACCAGUUUAAGAGCGAACUAAGAACUUAUUGAAUUAUUUAUUGCAUCAUAGAACUGACAUAUUAUUGAUAACAUAGAGCGUAAAUACUGUAUAGUAGAGAAACUAUCUUUCCCAGAGAAUUAUAUUAUGGAAAUUCUGGUUAGUUUCCAAAAUUUUUGUUUGUUUUCAUCUUUGAACUUUUGACUGCAUGUGGUCCAAUCCAUUCUCCCAUGUUUAAGUGCUGCCCUUGUAGACUACCAAAUAUUUGCAACAUGCAGGUAAAUGCAAUGAUGGGGAAAAAAAUGCUUGUGUUGACAUAAUGGUCUGCUUUUUCUGUGUCCUGAGAGUAUAUGAUCAGAGAUUAAUCCCUCUGCAUGUAAACAGUGUAUCCUUGCAACAUUAAGACCCAGGCUCAGCCCUACUAUUGUUGUUAGUUUUGAAAAUCCAAAUUAGAAAUAAGCUUUAGACCUUAACUAUUAAUCAUUUGGAAGUCAAAAUUCAUGCUCGGACUCUCCUCCUUAGCAUAUAUUCGAUAGAUUAUAGAGUUAAAUGAGGAUUUCAGAUGGCAAAAAUGUAGAAAGAAUUAUUUUUUUGUUUUGAAAGCCACUGCUGUACAUUACAAGUGUCCUAUUCAUGCCUUUUGUCUUUUCUAUUGUUAAAUUACAAUGCCAGCACAAACUGUUGAUUCAUUUGAUUCUCCAUAUUAAAUGUUAUUUUUUUGUUAUUAAACAACAUGUUUAUUAUGCCUUU